UCCAAGUGACUGGCCACUUAAAACCACUAAGUUUGAGAGUUUAUAUCGUAGACUCUAUUCCAAACAAAACACAUAAUAAAUAAACGCAAAAUGCGUUCCGCGUUGCGAGAAAAUAUGCGUCUAUAUGUAAUUUUCAACGUUGCGAGGAAAUAUCUCUGUGAUGUAACUUUGCACGUUGCGAGAAAAAUAUCUCGGUGAUGUGAUGAUGAUAACGAUGAUAAUAACUGCCUAAGGGUGAAAAUUAAUCCGUCAGCCCCUCAGUCCACGAUAUCAUGAAUUCUGCCGUACUUUUCUAUAGCCUUUUUCCACAGUGGGGCACCUUUAAGUUAAUUUAACUGCCGUAAAUGAACUAUUAGCAAUUUUGUGUAGAGGAAUUAAGAAGUGUUAUAAUGUUACACUUAAGUAUAAGCAUCCAGAAACUUAUUCCUAAUUCGUUAAACAAAGCUCGUUGCCUUAUUAAACGAACAAUAAGCAAUCAAUAAAAGGUGUUGGAAUAAGCUAUACACCGUGUAAAUACUAAAUUAACACCAUUGUGCUAAUACCACCAUCCAUCAGUGUUGUGAUGAGCCGUCGUGGAGGAAUCGAUAAACGUGCCGGAGCUGCGUUGUUAUAACACCUAAUCCGAGUGUUGUGUCCUGUCGUGCCGUCGGGGUGUGACCGGAGUGGUGCUGCGAUGGGCUGCGAGUUGGGAAAAUUAGCAUCCAGCGGAGGCUCGGGGAACAACCGGAAGCCGGACGAAGCCGCCCCCCCAGCGACUGUUGACCCGAGGCUGCCGCUCACCGCCAAGCAAAAGUAUAGCAUGCUGGCGUCUUGGAAAGGGAUCAGCAGGGCUAUGGAGUCUACGGGGGUCUGCAUGUUCCUCAAGUUGUUCGAGGAGCACGGCGAGUUAUUAAAUUUGUUCGAGAAGUUCAAAGAACUGAAGACUAGGGAGGAUCAAGCCAAUAGUUUGGAACUCGCUGAGCACGCAAGCACUGUUAUGAAUACGCUGGAUGAGGGUAUCAAAGGAUUGGACAAUUUGGAUGCCUUCUUUGAAUAUUUGCACCAAGUUGGGGCCUCGCAUCGGCGGAUACCUGGCUUCAAAGUGGAGUAUUUCUGGAAAAUAGAAAAACCCUUCCUGACGGCCGUCGAAACGACCCUAGGAGACCGUUACACCGAAAAUGUGGAGAACAUCUACAAAAUCACGAUAAAGUUUAUCAUCGAAACGCUGAUAAAAGGUUACGACAACGCCAACGCGACGACGUGAAAAACAACAGACUGAAGAACGAGCCCAUCACUGCUGUGUACACUCGAAAACAUUUAUAAACACAUAAAACAACAUACAGUUAAUUAUUGUGAACCAACGCAUGAGUGGGUGGAUGGGAGGAAGAAUGGGUCAUAGACGUUUUAGUAUCGUAGAUAUGUUGUAUGCUUAUGUGCUUAUGCCUUCCAUUUGUAUAACUACCUGAUUAUGAUUAUGGUUAUGAGUACUUAGGGUUUGGUUGACUAGUGAUGUGUCAAUAGCGAUGGUAGUUUUAUUUAUGCCAUUUUUUUUUAAAUAAAGUUAUGCAACCACGAGUUCUAUCGUUACGAUCAGAUUGCAUAACUUUGUUUUCGUUCUCACGAAAUAGGUCAAUUGGAAGUCAA